UUGACGCCCGCGUACAUCUCAUGUUUUGACCGUGACAGGUCAAACAUGGACACGGAGUAAAAUACCCUGUCCCGUUCCGGAGGCACACACCAAUCAGGGAUCAGAAUCAACUCCGGACACAGCCCGGUUUCGCGACAUGUAAAACACACCAAUGGCGUCCACCGAGGGUGAAGAUUCCUACUCAAGAAUCAAGAAAGGCACCAAUGGCCUCUCUGCGGCGCCCUCUCGAAAUCGAGGACGACAUGGCGCAAAGACCGCCCAAGAAGGCGCGAGCCUCAGCAGCCCCAGCGUCAGCGUCGUCCUGGGCGGACCUCCCCCUGGACAUCGCGGGCGACGUCCUUCGCCUCCUGCCGUGCUACGCCGACCGCAUCUGCUUCGGCGCCGCAUGCCGCUCCUGGCGCUCGUCCGCGCGGCAGCACCGCGCGGCCCCGCGCCUGCCGUGCCUCGCCUUCACAGACGGCGCCUUCCGCGGCUUCCCCGCGGACGCCCGGCCUUUCCGCCUGCCCGCGGCCGCCGGCCACCACAGCUCCUGCGGCGAGUGGCUCGUCUUCGAGUGCCACGACGGCGCCUACGCGCUGGCGGACCCGUUCUCACACGCCGCCAUGCCGCGGCUCCCCCGCCUGCCCCGUGUCCACGUCCGUGCCGAUCCCGUCGUGGCCGCGGCCGAGCGCGCUCUGCCGGACUGCAGGCACCCGUGGCGAGAGCAGGAGCGAGAGCCCGAGCCCGAGGCCGCGGCGCCCUUGUCCUUGCUCAAGCUCGUGGUCUGCUCGACGCGCCUCGUGGCCGCGGUCGUCGGCCAGGGGCGGCACGGCAAGCUCGCGCUGUGCCGGCCCGGGGCGCCGUCCUGGUCCAUGAGCGGCGACGACGACCAAUGGAGGCGGCUCAAAGACAUGGCCUUUUACCAGGGCAAGCUGUACGUCGUCGACCACAACGAAGACCUCUUCGCCGUCACUGUAAAGGACGAAGGCGAGCCGCCGGCCCUGUCCCGUCUCGACCGCGUCGUGAAGGGACGCCCCACGCUUGCGGACACCCUCCGUCGCGUCACGCUUCUCUACCUGGCAGAGUCCGGCGGCGCGCUGCUGAUGGUCGGCAGGGAGAUCUUCCGUGCGCGUAUGCGGCCAGGGAGGCUAGCACGGACAGCCCCAAUUGACGAGCACUUCACCGUGUUCAGGGCCGGCUUCCGCUCGUCGAGGUGGAAGAAGGUGCGCACCAUCGGCGACGACCGAGCUCUGUUCCUGGGGCGGUGGUGUUCCAGGGCCGUGCUGUUGCCGGAGGAGCACAGGCCGGAGUGGGGAGACCGCAUCUUCUUCCUGCAAGACGGCACCGGCAACGAGUGGCCCCACAAGUCGCUGAGCUACUCUUUGAGCGUCUACCAUAUGCAACCACCAGGCUUUGACCAGUAUGACUGGCCUGCUACUUGGCUUUUCCCUCGACAGGGAAAAUUGCUAGCACCUCCGUUUUAAAUCAUCUUGUAUUUUUGCCCGGACCUUACAAUUGAGCAGACGGAGUAUCCGUACAUUAUGGACUGCGCUAGGCAAUGGGCCUGAUGUUCUCCCGCUCCACAAAGCAGCAGCGGCCAGGAGCCCGCGUACAGCGCAGCCCAGCUCCGGCCCAGCUCGAGCAGUAGGCUGUAGGCCUCAUAGAAGUUUUCUUGAAACUACGGGCCUCUGUCGAAAUAUUACGUGGACAGAUACAUUUAUAUUUAGACAAAUUUGAGACAAUAAUGUAGA